AUGAUGAAAGAUACGGAAAUGUUCAACCUCUACCUGCUUGGCCUACGACAUUUCAUGGACAGCCCGGAGUCCGACAAGCUAUCGUACAAAAACAUUGCAUGUACGUUCCACAGGCGAUACCGUACGACUUACAGGACACUGACUGUGUUGCAGCCGUGCACGGGCGUCCCUACGGACCUUUCGACGGAGUUUACGCCAAGACUAACACGAGCGAGCCUGGCUAUUGUGCACACGUUUCGAACGUAUUCGCGACAUGGCACCGCGGGUACGUGCUGUUGAUGGAGCAAGUCCUAUUUGAACAUGUCAUCGCGGUCGUGAAUAUGUUUCCGUCAGGCCAGACACGACAGAGACUCGCAGAGAUAGCUCUGAGGAUUCGACAGCCUGUGUGGGACUGGGCGGCACCGACUUCUGAUGGCUCGAGUGUCUGGCCUGCCAUUUUCUCUCAACAGAACGUCACUGUUGAUGGUCCUAACGGGACGACGACCAUCAACAAUCCCCUCUAUUCGUACACCUUCCAGACUGCGCCGGGAGUACCAUUCGCCUACAAUCCAGUAAGUGACCGACCUCCCUAGGCUUCAUGUCCCAACAUCUGACCCACAAUCGACAGUUCGCAUCAUGGACACAAACCAUGCGCUACCCGACAGCGUGGACCCAGAACGCAACAAGCCAAGACAAUCUCCUGGGACCGGUCCUGGACAACAGCAGGAACAAUCGCAUGAACAGAGUAUACAACCUCCUCGCAUACUACGGCAACUUCUCCCAAUUCAGCAACGAAGCCUGGAUCGAAGACGACGCGCAGAAUGCCGACAGUCUCGAAUCCAUCCACGACGAUAUUCACGACGCUGUCGGUCAGAAUGGCCAUAUGACUUUUCUGGACUAUGCUGCUUUCGACAUAUCUUUCUGGUUCCAUCACUGCAUGCUCGAUCGCCUCUUCGCGAUGUGGCAAUUCCUUCACCCGGAUAGCUAUGUCGAGCCCAUGGCUGCUAUGGCUCCGACGUACGUCACUGCAAUUGGCGAUGUGAUGGAUGUGGAUUCCGGUAUGUACGAGGCUUUGUUGCUCUGUGGUGACAUGCAACCGUCACUGAUGAUGUUGUGAUCUUGCAACAGCUCUUGCCCCUUUCCACUCGGAUUCUCAAGGAAAUUUCCACACUUCGGAGACUCUUCGGGAUCCUACGGCGUAUGGAUACACGUAUCCCGAGCUGGUCAACGCGACGCCCGACUCUCUUCGAGCCGCGAUCAAUCGAAUGUACGGCGCCAAUGCCGCGGCUGGUGGGCUCCUCCAACGCUCCAUCCACGCCGCAUCUGCCGACGGCGACGCCUCCCACUACAUCGGUCCCCCCGGCGCCAAGGCGGAUGGCUCUUACCGCCAUUACACCGCCAACAUCGUCUCGCAGAAACAUACUGCCCUCACGGGUUCCUAUGCCGUCUACAUCUUCCUCGGCGGCGGCGAGGCGGCGGGGGCGGCGACGGGGAAUCCGAAUGCCACCGACGCGUGUUGGCCCACGGAUCCGAAUCUGGUAGGCACACAUUCCAUCUUUGCGGCUGUUUCCAGUCAGGAGGCGGCGACGCUGGUGCCUGGUGCGGCGGCGACGGAUGGUCCUCCUCCUCCUCCCCCCUCUUCUUCUUCGAGGCAUUGGAAAGUCUCCGGUACGGUUCCCCUGACGGACGCGCUGUUGAAGAAGGCACAAUCGGGCGAGUUGGAGAGUAUGCAUGAUGGGGACGUGCAGGCUUACCUGCGUGCGCAUCUGCAUUGGCGUGUUUCCAUGGUAGGUAUAGCAAACCCCGAAAGAAGAAAAUCUUUCCAAGAAACUCACCCGUCUGAUCUUCUUGGGUGGCUCAUUGGUCAUAUCUAGAUGGACGGCACCCCCCUCGACCCUACAGGCGACGUCAACGUCACCAUCACCGUCGUCUCGCAGGACUUCCAACCCGCCGCGUCGGAAGCGCAAUUCCCUCGUCCGGUGAGCGGCAGUUUCCACGCUUGGAAGCAUAUCACGCAGGGGAAAGCGGGAGGUUGCGAGUGA